GUGAGUAGCCUUCUCUCAUCAAACCUGCAUUUUUGUCUUAAAGAGCCACCGGAGCAGGUGAUCCUGGAGUUGCUGCCUGCGUGGGUGGCCUUGGACGAAGUCUUUACAGUGAAGUGCCAUGUGCCCAGGGUAGCACCCCUGGAGAACCUCACCCUGACCCUUCUCCAGGGCAACCAAGAACUACAUAGAAAGACCUUUAUGAGUUUGGCUGUGGCCUCCCAGAGAGCUGAGGUCACCAUCAUUGCCAAAGCACAAAGGGAGGACCACAGGUGCAAUUUCUCCUGCCAUGCAGAACUGGACCUGAGGUCCCAUGGUGGUGGGCUCUUUCACUCCAGCUCAGCCAGCAAGCUGCUCCAGAUUUUUGAAUUUUCUCAGCGUCCCCAAAUCUGGGUCUCCCCACUUAUGGAGGUUGAGACAGCAGAGACU